AUGGGGAAUAUCGGCAACGAAAACGCUGGACGAAAUGCUAAUAGAACGGAUGAUAGAACGACACCCGAAGGGGAGACACGUAUAUCGAGAGAUCUUUCCAGUUCGCCGCACCGCCAAGGCUACAUGCAGGAACCCAACAUGAUCCGAAGAGCCGCGCCCAAGGUUCCGCACAUUUGCGUCGUUGGAGCUGGUGUUGCGGGGCUGAGGUGUGCGGACAUAUUGCUGAGGCAGGGUGCCAAGGUCACUAUCCUCGAGGGAAGAGACAGGGUCGGUGGAAGGCUAUGCCAAAGCAAUGCCUUGGGCCACUUGGUCGAUCUAGGCCCAAACUGGAUACAUGGCACACACGACAACCCCAUUCUUGAUCUUGCCAAAGAAACAAACACGGUCACUAUGAACUGGGAUGGCCGGCAAGCUGUUUUCGAUAGUGCUGGAAAGUGUCUGCCUGACAAAGAAGCAGCAGAAAAUACCGAGCACGUCUGGGCUAUCAUCGAGCGAGCAAUGAGGCUUUCCAACGAGGAGUCUGCAACCAUACCAGCGGAAAAAAGUUUGUACAACUACUUUGAGGAGCAGGUCGCAAAAAUGUUUCCCGGUGACGAUGACGAAGCGAAGAAGAGGCAACAAACUAUUCUCCACAUGGCCGAGAUGUGGGGUGCUUUUGUUGGCUCUCCAAUCCAGACGCAAAGUUUAAAAUUUUUCUGGCUCGAGGAGUGCAUCGACGGCGAAAACCUUUUUGUCGCGUCGACAUAUGCCAAGAUCUUAGAUAAGAUUGCUCAGCCAGCACUCAAAGGUGCUACAACGCUAUUCGAACACAAGGUCAAGAGAAUCUUGUCGCAUGGAAGUAGCGGACAUACCAGUGUUACUCUAGAGCUCGAGGGAAGAGAAAAUAUGACCUUUGACGAAGUGGUCAUGACGGCGCCUUUGGGCUGGCUCAAGAGAAACACGGAUGCUUUUGUACCUAAGCUGCCGGGACGAUUUGCCGAAGCGGUCAGUAAUCUUGGAUACGGGCAUCUGGAUAAGGUCUACAUUACUUUUCCGACUGCCUUUUGGAAUGCGGCUGGUUCCUCUUCUUCAGCACAAUCAGCAUCGGCCCUUCGCCAAUCCUCAGACUCGCCAAUCAAUCUAGCACACUACCCUGGCUUCACACACUGGAUCAAUCCUACCUAUGCGCCUUCAAGAAAUCCCAAAGGCUGGAACCAAGAAGCUGUCAAUCUUGCUGCGCUACCAGAGGCAACAGCGCAUCCGACUCUUCUCUUUUACAUGCAUGGCCCGACAAGCCUCCACGUCGCAAAACUUGUUGCAUCAAACCCACCCGAGAAGCACACGGAUCUGCUAGUCAGCUUCUUCGCCGAUUACUAUUCCUUACUCCCCAAUUACGCCGAAAGUAGUCCUAGCUGCAAACCUACAGCUGUCCUGGCCACGGCAUGGGCAAACGACGAGCUCGCGGGAUACGGUUCGUAUUGCAAUUUUCAAACCGGCCUACAGGCUGGUGAUGAGGACGUCGAGGCGUUACGGAAGGGAAUGCCCGAACGCGGGGUUUGGGUGGCGGGUGAGCACUGCGCGCCGUUUGUGGCGCUGGGCACAGUUACGGGCGCAUACUGGAGUGGGGAAGGUGUUGCAAGAAGACUGUGUGAUAUUUGGGGACUGGGGACGCGCAAGUAGCUUACGGUGUACAGUAAGGAUUCGACGUGAAGUCUCUUGGCUUCUCUGGCGCAAACCGUGUCACUUGACAGCACAUGGCAAGUCAGAAGAGGUGGCUUGACUUUUUUUAUUAUGGCCGUUCCUCCGUUUGAUGUUUAUUGGUGAGUCCGCGCGAUCUCCAAGACCAGGCCAGUGUAUUGUGGAGGGGGGGGGCAGUCAGGUCAUGCACCAAAUGCCUAACAUUCAAGGGUUUAUCCGCCACGAGACCGCCGAACCCUUGGGUACUAGUUCCCCCCUCCCCCUCCCCUCUGCCCCAACACAACGGUCGAUCAUACCCACUUGCCGUCUCAUUGCGGAAGUUGCCGUGCAGCUCUAUACGCCCAAGUCAGUCGACGAGACGAUGUGUUUGGGCGUGAACGUCGUAUUCCGGCCUCAUCCGGCGAAUCACAGCACACGUC